AUGAAGAAUACGUAUUUUUGCCGAAAGUUCAACAGCUAUGCGCAACCAACAUUUCUGUGUAGAGUUUAUGAACGUACGCUUACCGAAAGCGUGGUGGAGGCGACGAAAUUAAGUGGAUAUGGAGAAGAACUUGAUUUCAUCGAGAUAAGGGCGAGGAUGAGAGAGACCAUGAUGAGAG